AAUGAGCAGGAUCAUGGCUGGGAUCAAAUGUGUCGUGUUUUUGAUGGUCCUGAUUCUCCAGUGGACUCAUGCAAGAGGAGAUGCUGAAGUGUUCUGCAUUUUCAUGGAAAGCUGCAUGUUACCGUGCAGCUAUAGUGGCAGUGAUGUAGUCAUCAACUGGUUUCAGGUAUCAGCAGGAGACCUUAAUGUCCACUCAUUCUACAACAACAAAGACCAGCUCAAACUCCAGAGUGAGCGCUUCAGAGGCAGGACGUCACUGUUCAACGACCAGAUCUCCGCAGGAAUCGCCUCACUGCAGCUGACAAAGGUGGAGGUUCAGGAUGAAGGCAGAUACAAGUGCUACACCAGCACUGACAGAGGAAACCAAGAAUCAUUUAUUAACCUAAAGAUAAAAGAGAUGCAGGUGUGGAACCUGCAAGAGAAACAGACCCAAGAUGGAAAAACACUGAACACUCGAAUCAUGACAGCACCCUCCCCUCAAAGAUCACUUCCUGCUUACAGAGCCGACUGUGAACCCAGGAGCUUUCCUCGGAGACAUUGGACUCGAGGGGACAAGUUUGACCUUCAAGACACGAAAUGGGAUGGAUGUGCACUGAUCGUGGUAGCUUGA